UAUUAUCUUGCUAAAAUGCUGAUAGAAUUUAUCCUAGUUUCGUGCGUUGGUAAACAAUAUUAACAUGUUCUGUAUGUUAGAAACAGUUGACAAUAGAUACAAACUAUAAAAUAAACAAGGAAAUCGUUAUAUUUGCAUACGAAUAGAGCUACCGGCUACCAUGGCUUCGAUGUACGCACAAACUAUUGCGCUACCUCAAUCACAGCAAGUGAUUGAUUCUGUGCAAAUGAAUCAUUUCCGGAGUUUCGUAAACAUGCUGGGAGAUGCAUCAGCAAAAGAUGAAAUAAAACUUAAAGCAGCACAGGAAUUAAGCGAGCAUUUUGAAUUGAUCACCCAGUGCAGUGCCUAUCCCAGUUUCCUAGAGCAUUCUAUGAGAAUCUUUUUGAAAAUUCUUGAAGAGGGUGAACCACAUUUCAUAUCUGAACUGAAUCUUCAACAAGUACGCAAAUUAAUUUUGGAGAUGAUCCACAGACUGCCAACAUCGGAUCAUAUACGACCGUAUGUAAAGCCGAUCAUCACUCUUACUAUCAAGCUACUACAAUCGGAUAACGAAGAAAAUGUAUUAGUAUGCUUGCGGAUUAUCAUCGAUAUGCAUAAACAGUAUAGACCAGUGUUUCAUCCUGAAAUACAAAAUUUUUUAUCCUAUGUAAAAAGCAUAUAUUCCGAUUUGCCAAAGCAUCUCACCAAUAUGUUUGAGCCCAAACAACAAAUAAGGGUGAAGGAUCUAAAAGAAAUUAAUUUCGACGCUAUUUUGCCGGAAACUUUUACGAUAACGCCGAUUCAGGUGGAGAAAAAGACUGCAGACGGAAAGCUUACCACAGUUACUUAUAAUUUGAUCCCAAAAGGUGUUAACUCGUUAAAGGUGUUGCAAGAACUACCAAUAAUAGUCGUUUUGAUGUAUCAAAUAUAUAAAACAAAUGUGCAUCAAGAAGUUGUAGAUUUUGUUCCACUCAUUAUUACUACAAUCACAUUGCAACCAUCGCCUGUCUACAAAAACUCUCCGGUUUUCAACCGUGAAAUCUAUGUCGAUUUUAUGGGUGCUCAAAUUAAAACUUUGGCAUUUUCGGCCUAUAUCAUUAGGUUGUUCCAAGAUGUGAUCCUUAAUCAUGCUUCUACAAUGGUGAAGGGAAUGCUUAAUUUGCUUGAAAGCUGUCCCAAAGAAGUGGCUCAUCUAAGAAAGGAGCUAUUGGUGGCAACACGACACAUUCUGGCUACAGAACUGAGAAAUCAUUUUGUAUCCUCGAUUGAUAAACUGUUCGAUGAGGAUAUAUUGCUUGGAAAAGGUUGGACCACGCAUGAAUCCUUACGGCCACUGGCAUAUUCAACAUUGGCGGAUCUGGUACACCAUGUUCGACAACAUUUGUCAUUACCGGCACUUUCGAAAGCGGUAUACCUCUUUGCAAAAAAUGUACAUGAUGAGUCUUUACCGACCAGUAUCCAGACUAUGUCAUGCAAAUUGUUACUAAAUUUGGUGGAAUGUAUACGUAUGAAAAGUGAUUUGGAGCCGUUGGCCAGCCGAGAGCUGUUGAUAACAAUGCUAAAAAUAUUUACACAAAAAUUUCAUACCAUUUCCAAAUUGCAGCUUCCGCAGAUAAUGCAAAAAUGGAAAAAUUUGAAACCGGAAGGAACGACUUCGGCAACGAGCAUCGCUCAGAACAAUGUUACAAUAAGUGUGACACCGCAGCAUACACCGCAAACUCCUGCAGCAACAGAUACAACGAAGGAUUUUGUGGGAAUAGAUUUAUCGGACAAUUCGUUCAAACUAACAAGUAUUGGCUUUCCGCAACCAAAUAAUUUGAACGUGACGGAAUAUCGAAGCUUGGUUAAAACUCUUGUAUGCGGUGUCAAAACCAUUACCUGGGGUUGUCCUGCAGCGAAGAUUAGCACAAGUGAACACAGUAUGCCAGCAUCAAAGCUGUUCAAUCCGAACGAAAUUCUUAUUUUUAUUGACUUAUUUCAUUAUGCACUGGAAGCUUUGGACAUUUAUACAAUAAAUGUUCCGUCCAUGGGUAUUCCAGCCUCAUUACCACAGCAAAAACAGGCGCUGCAAAUGCCACGCUCGAAAGAAGAAAAAGAAGUUUUGGAGCAUUUCAGUGGUGUAUUUUUGACUAUGGAUUCACAAAAUUUUCAGGAAAUAUUUUCGUCUACGAUCGAUUUUAUGGUUGAUAGAUUGUACAAAAAUUCAGCUCUGCAGGUUAUAGCAAACUCGUUUUUAGCGAACCCCAAGACCUCGCCGCUUUUUGCAACAGUGCUUGUUGAAUACUUAUUGGAAAGAAUGGAGGAGAUGGGCUCUAAUAUUGAACGCUCGAAUUUAUAUCUACGACUUUUCAAGCUUGUAUUCGGAAGCGUCAGUUUGUUUGCCGCUGAAAAUGAACACAUGCUGCGACCACACUUACACAACAUUGUAAACAAAUCCAUGGAACUGGCGAUGACAGCAAAAGAGCCGUAUAAUUAUUUUCUUCUUCUGAGAGCACUGUUCAGAUCUAUAGGAGGUGGUUCACAUGAUUUGCUAUAUCAAGAGUUUUUGCCGUUGUUGCCCAAUUUGCUAGAGGGUCUAAAUAGAUUACAAAGCGGAUUUCACAAACAGCAUAUGAAGGAUCUCUUUGUGGAGCUUUGCCUUACAGUGCCAGUACGUCUGUCUUCAUUGUUACCGUAUUUACCGAUGCUGAUGGAUCCGCUGGUUUCGGCUUUGAAUGGUUCCCAUACGCUUGUUAGUCAGGGUUUGCGAACAUUGGAACUAUGCGUCGAUAACUUACAACCGGAUUUCUUAUAUGACCACAUCCAACCAGUUCGAGCCGAUUUAAUGCAGGCACUCUGGAGGACUCUCCGCAAUCAGGAUAGCGCUGCAGUUGUUGCAUUCCGAGUACUGGGAAAAUUUGGUGGUGGAAAUCGUAAGAUGAUGAUUGAACCACAACAACUUUCUUAUCAGGAGAGCGAUGCAGCUCAACCGGCUAUUGUUGCAUUUUUCCAAGAACAUCGUAAACCGAUAGAUUUUCCCGUCGAUAAAGUGAUUGAGACUGCGUUUAAUGCUCUGAAAACUAGCACUACUGAUCCGUUCUACUGGAGACAAAGUUGGGAAGUAAUCCGAUGCUACCUUUCUGCUUCCAUAUCCUUAGAUGAUGAUAAACACACUCUACAAAAACUAUUCAUGCAUCCGAGUUUUACUGAAAACAAUGUUGUCAGCACUGGACCCCAUUAUAUAUUGCUAGAUAAGCAAGCCAGGCAAACUCAUCGGACUGCCCUUACUGGAAUGUUUGUAGCUGCAGCUACAAAGGAACUCCGUGGAUCAGUUCUACCGACAAUGGUGGCUGUUGUACGUCAUUAUACGAUGGUUGCCAUUGCACAGCAAGCUGGCCCAUUUCCGCAUAAACAUUACCAACUUAAUUCUGGACUCGAUCCAUUAGUGUUAAUAGACGCGUUGGCUGCCAUUAUGGGACACGAAGAAAAGGAACUAUGCAAGCCUGGAAACUUGGCAAUGGUUUUGAUUUUGGAGACCGCAACCAAUAUUAUGGGCUCUAAAGAACGUGCUUGUCGAUUACCUAUGAUGCAGUAUUUAGCUGAAAAAAUGGCUGCUCUUUGCUAUGAACGUCCAUGGUACUCUAAAAUGGGUGGUUGUAUCGCUUUGAAAUUUCUGUACCAGAAUAUGGCUAUGCGGUGGCUGUAUCAACAUCUAUUCAUAUUCUUAAAAGCCUUUAUGUUCAUCAUCAUGGAUCUUACUGGUGAAGUUUCUAGCGGCGCAAUCGAUAUGGCUAAAAAUUAUUUGGAAAAAAUGCUGAACAUAUGUAUGACACCUCUAGAUAGGGAUUGCAAAAACGAAGAAUUGAUUUCCACACAGAAGAAAGCGAUGUAUGAUGUAAUUCAUGAAUUAGUUAGACAAGUGACAAGUCCACACACACUGGUUAGAGAAACAGCAAUGUCAUCAUUGCGUUUAAUUAGUGAAUUACAAGGCAAAACUGUUACUGAAGUGAUGAAUCCUCAUCGUGAGGUACUCGUUGAUAUGAUUCCCCCCAAGAAACACUUGCUCCGACAUCAGCCUGCUAGUGCUCAAAUAGGAUUGAUGGAUGGUAACACGUUUUGUACCACACUGGAACCACGAUUAUUUACGAUUGAUCUUGGCAUCCUAACACAUAAAGUAUUUUAUCAUGAAGUUUUAACACUGUCUGAUGCAGAAGAUGCAGCUUUGAAUAAGCUGGAUUGUUACAAAUCUGUUACUAAUUUGAUUCCGCUUCGUAAGAGCGCUUUACGGGCCCUUGCAGCUUGUCAUUACAUUCCCAAUGGUUGCAGAGAAAAAAUAUUCUCUAUCCUUUUCAAAGCUUUGGAAAAAAAUAACGUUGAAUUACAAGAGGCAGCUUUCGAGUGCAUGCAAAACUUUUUGCAAGGAUGCACUGUGGACAAAGAAGCGAUCCAUGCAGGCAUUCGGCCGUUGCUGAUGCAACUAGGAGAUCAUCGUAACUUAACUCUAAAUGGGGCUAAGCGGCUAUCUUACCUAACACAACUAUUUCCAUCGAUGUUCAAUGAAAAACUUUGUGAUUCUUUACUGCAAAUCGUUAAAAAAUUACUUGAAAGUUCUAUUGCGGCCAACAAGAGUUCAAACUUCUUAGCUGCUUCUAAAACUGGUGAAACAGAGCAGAAGAUCGUCACUAUUAUAGGAAUAUUUCAUCAGAUUCCAGCAGCUUCCGCCAAAUUUAUAGAUAGUCUCUGUAAACUUGUUUUGCAGACAGAAAAGAGUUCAAUGAUUGAAUCGUGUUCACCGUAUCGCUCUCCGUUGGUUAAAUUUCUGCUAAAAUUCCCCAAAGAAACAAUGGAAAUUUUGUUAAACGAGGCUAAUGUGAAAGAUUCGCAAUGGAAUCGAUUCACUAUUUAUUUAAUGAAACAUAAAGACGGAUUACCAUUCCGGAAUGCAAUACAGGAAAAGAGCCAUCGAUUAAUUCAACUUGUUUUAAUCAACUCAGAAGGAAGCAUUUCUGUCUCGCAAAGCAAAACACUUGAAGAACGUUACGAAGCGCAAAGGCAUGCUGUUUUGGUCAUUCAUACGUUGAUCGAAUUUGAUAGCCCUUGGAUAUCAACACAAGCCGACAUAAUAGCAGCCUUGAAGACAAUUUGGAAAAAUGAUCUGUAUAAGACAUGCCAAUCGUCUGUUGUCUGCGAUAUGUGGCAUUUAAUAGCCAAAAUUUUAAUAGAAUACUUUUCUCAUAACACCAACGAAAUACCACUACUGUUCCAGUUGCUACGAGCUCUAUGCUUACGAUUUAUUCCCGAUUUUCAAUUCUUUCGUGACUAUCUCCAGAAUACAGUUUGUCAAAGUUAUACUGUCGAUUGGAAGAGGAAAUGCUUCUUCCACUUUGUAGAGCAUUUUGUAAAUCCCGAAGUAUCACAGGAAUUGAAGGCAAAAAUUUUGACCUUAAUUAUCAUUCCUAGCUUUGCUAUUAGCUUCGAAAAAGGCGAGGGCAAUAAAUUGGUCGGAGCCCCACCCGCACCAUAUCAAGAAGACGAUAAUAACGUUGUAUCUGUUUUCAUAAACAAAGUUAUCGAUCCAGAAAAACCUUUUGCUAAUGAAGACGCAGUCAGAAUAGCACUCUUGCAGUUUGCUUGCUUAUUAGUUGAAAGAGCUUCUCCCCAUAUCCAUGAUGGUGAUGCUAACAACAAGCGAGAAGGAAACAAAUUGAGAAGACUUAUGACGUUCGCCUGGCCAUGUUUGUUGCCUAAGAAUUGUGUUGAUCCAGCAGCAAGGUAUCAUGGUCAUUUAUUACUUAGCCAUAUAAUAGCAAGACUCGCUAUCCAUAAACGAAUUGUUCUGCAAGUAUUUCACUCUUUGCUAAAAGCUCAUGCUGUAGAAGCAAGAACUGUUGUAAAACAAGCGUUAGAAGUACUGACACCAGCAAUGCCACUUCGAAUGGAAGAUGGUAACACAAUGCUCACGCACUGGACUAAAAAAAUCAUAGUUGAGGAAGGUCACUCUAUGCAGCAGUUAUUCCAUAUACUGCAAUUGCUAGUAAGGCAUUUUAAAGUCUAUUACCCUGUUCGUCACCAUUUAGUUCAGCAGAUCAUAAAUUCUAUGCAUCGUUUGGGCUUUACAGUGAACGCCACGAUUGAUUAUCGUAAGCUGUCGGUAGAAUUAGCCGAAGUAAUUAUUAAAUGGGAACUACAACGAAUUAAAGAUGAAUCAGAUGAUAACGCUGAAGAUGACGAUAGUAAGAUUCAAAGUGAUAACAAACAACAGGCGGACGGCGGUAUCAAGAGAACUAUCCAAGAUGAAGAACCUAGAAAAAAAAUGGCUGUAGGAGAAACGGUACCACAACCAUCACCAAGCAGCUCAUCUACCAUAAUAAAUGUAUCUAAUUCAAAAGUGGAAGGUUCCAGUCGUCCCAUAGAUCGUGCCCAUUGUGAUGCCGUUUUGAAUUUUCUUUUUAGAAUGGCUUGUCAGCUUAAUGACGUAUCAACCACGCCUGGUACCAUGUCUCCCGGAGAGAGCCUUUCACGACGCUGCGUUACUCUUCUUAAAUUGGCAAUAAAGCCUGACGUUUGGCAGCAGCCGUUUGAUUUAAAGCUUACAUGGCUCGAUAAAGUGUUCACUAGUAUCGAGGGUCAACAACCUAACAUUGGGAAUGUUUGCACUGCUCUAGAAUUAUUAACAUUUCUGUUAACAGUUUUAAAGAAGGAUCAGAUUUUAGUGACGUUCCGGCCGUUACAGCGAGGGCUUUCUGCUUGCGUAACAUGUCCAAAUACUAGAGUUAUCAAACUCAUGCAUGGUUUAUUAUCACGUCUGAUGGCGAUUUUCCCCACCGAUUCACACCAUAAACACGACGAAUUGGAAACACUUUACGCUACCAUCAGUAAAAUGAUAUUUGAAGGAUUAGCUACUUACGAGAAAAAUCCUCAAGCUAACCCAUCUACAUUGUUCGGUACAUUGAUGACACUAAAAGCGGCUUGUACCAACAAUCAAAGUUACAUUGAUCGACUGAUAAUACCGUUCAUGCGUCUAUUGAAUCGUUUGACGAAGGAACAUUUGGGAGGCAUUACCAGUAAUCCUAAUGGAAAUGGCGAAACUGCCAAUAACGCUGGGUCGAUAGCGUUAGAGUUGUUAGUUGUUUCGCUGGAUUUAGUGAAAAAUCGGGUGGUUGUUAUGAGUGUUGAAAUGCGCAAGAUGUUUAUUGGAGGAAUUCUUGUAGGAUUGAUCGAGAAAAGUAAUGACGUCAAAGUUAUUAAAGCGAUUGUCAAAAUGAUAGAAGAAUGGAUGAAAAACAAGAAUACUCCAGUAACCGUAACACAAGCCCCAACGUUGCGCGAAAAAUCUAUUCUGUUAGUGAAAUUAAUGCAGUAUGUCGAAAAGCGUUUUGCUGAUGAUCAGGACCUCAAUGGACAAUAUUUGGAACUGGUGAAUUACAUCUAUCGAGAUGAACAAUUGAAGGUAACUGAGCUGACGUCCAAAUUAGAAGCAGCAUUUUUGGCUGGUUUACGUUGCAAUCAACCAAAAAUUAGGGCAAAAUUUUUUGAAGUUUUUGACGGUUCGAUGAGGAGACGUUUGCAUGACCGUCUUCUUUACAUAAUAUGUUCACAUGCGUGGGAUUCCAUUGGACAACAUUAUUGGAUUAAACAAUGUAUUGAAUUACUUAUUCUGACAGCGAACACAAGUAUGCAAAUUCAAAACAGCAAUGAUAAUCAUCUGUUACCAAGCAUAUCAUCGGUAAUUAAUUUUGCGGAUUCCGACGAGAAGGAAAAUUUUGUCAUAUAUACUUCACUACAGAACGAAUCUACCGAAACGUUUGAUCCAAUUGAAGACAAAGAGGAUGCCUUUGAUAUGGAUAUGAGCGUUGAUUCCAACAUCUCACGACACGAGGAAAGCGAACGACUUGUUGCAAAUCGACAGGCUGCUCUGGCCAAACUAAUUAGCCGCCAAGCUGAGUUUUUAGAAGCCAGUCGAAAAGUACGUACAGAACAAUUGCUAGUGGCAACAGCACAGUUGUGUCAUAUGGACACGACAUUGGCGGAAAAAGUGUGGUUAGACGUGUUUCCUCGACUUUGGUCUAUACUGGACCAAGGCCAGCAACAGUCGUUAGAUAGAGAAAUAGUUCCAUUUCUUUCUUCGGGUACGCAUAUUAUACAAAAAGAUUGUCAUCCCAGCGCUUUGCACACAUUUAUUGAGGCAUUGUCGCAUUGCACUCCUCCAGUAUAUAUCCCGCCAAAUCUUAUGGCGUAUUUGGGUAAAGCGCACAAUCUUUGGCACCGUAUGACAUUGAUGCUAGAAGAUAUGGCACUUGACUGGCCAAACCGUAAAGAGGUUGUUGCAGAAUAUUCCGAAUUUGAAGAAGAGAACAGUAGGGACUGCUCACAUGUCAUGGAUCCACUUUCACAAAUGUAUUCGUCUCUGCACGAAGAAGACUUAUGGGCAGGCCUUUGGUUAAAGUACGCCAAAUAUCCAGAAACUAAUCUAGCUAUCGCACAUGAACAAAUGGGUUUCUUCGAGGAAGCUCAGAGUAUCUAUGAUUCAGCAAUGACCCGUUUUAAACAAGAUCUGAAUAACGGAUUAACUCCAAUGGAUAUGAAUAGUGAAAUUUUGUUAUGGGAGAACCAUUGGAUACGUUGUGCGAAAGAGCUGAACCAGUGGGACAUACUAAUGGAUUAUGGUCAGCUAUGUAAGGACAAAAAUUCAUUCCUUAUUAUGGACAGCGCAUGGAGAGUGCCAGAUUGGACGCUCAUGAAACAAGCACUGUUAAAAGUGGAACAGUCUUGUCCUAAACAAGUAGGAUAUAAAGUUAAUUUAUACCGCGGCUAUUUGACUAUCCUUAAUCAAGAAGAACAGCAUCAAUCCUCCGUAGAACGGUAUGUCGAAAUGGCUUCAGCUUAUUGUAUGCGCGAAUGGCGCAGAUUAUCUCCAAUUGUUUCACACAUACAUCUUCCGAUAUUGCAAGCAUCUCAACAGAUUAUGGAACUUCAAGAAGCUAGCCAAAUACACCAAGGAUUGUUGCAAAAUCGCAGUUCGUCGUUGCAUGAUAUGAAAGCUAUUGUUAAAACAUGGCGAAACCGUUUACCGGUGAUAGCAGAUGAUUUAUCACAUUGGAGUGAUAUUUUCACUUGGCGUCAACACCACUAUCAGAUAAUAACUACUCAUCUUGAACAACAAGGUGACAGCAAUGCACCUUGUAUGCUAGGUGCACAUGCCUCAGCACAAACAAUUAUUCAUUUUGGAAAAAUCGCACGAAAACAAAAUUUGACUGGAGUUUGCCAAGAUUCACUAUACAGGAUUUACACAAUCCCAUCGGUACCGGUAGUUGAUUGUUUCCAGAAAAUUAGGCAGCAAGUUAAAUGCUGUUUACAAAUGGCUGCGGUGAACAGCAGAUCUGAACUGUCUGAGGCAUUAGAAGUGAUAGAGCCUACGAAUUUAGACUAUUUUUCAAAAGAAAUGACAGCUGAGUUUUAUGCAUUAAAGGGACUGUUAUUAGCCCAAACUGGUCGCUCGGAGGAAGCUAAUAAAGCCUUUAGUGCUGCUACCCAGCUCCAUGAUACGUUAAUUAAAGCAUGGGCCUUAUGGGGAGAUUACUUGGAACACAUAUUCACCAUGGAUCCAAGACAAAUUAGUCUUGGUGUAUCUGCUAUGACUUGUUUUUUGCACGCUUGUCGUAAUCAAAAUGAAAGUAAGUCUCGUAAAUAUCUGGCGAAAGUUUUGUGGUUGCUUUCAUAUGAUGAAGACAAGUCACUGUUGGAUGCUUUGGAUAAGUAUGCAGUAGGAGUACCGCCUUUGCAAUGGGUGCCAUGGAUUCCUCAACUGUUGUGCUGCCUUGUCCAAUAUGAAGGAACAGUGAUUUUGAAUCUGCUUAGUCAGGUCGGAAGAAUGUUUCCACAGGCAGUCUACUUUCCAAUACGAACUCUUUAUCUGACAUUAAAAAUCGAACAACGAGAACGAUACAAAAGCGUUGAGCAAGCGUCCGCUGCUGCUCAAAAACUGGCUUUAAACAAACCUGAAACUGCAGGAGGCCAAGUAACUGUUUCCACACAGCCUGGUGGAACUGGCAAUCAUCAGCCAACAUCUAAUUCAACUCAUGUUCAAAUUGGAACAGAGAACCAGUCAAAUCCAAGUGGUGGUCCAUUACAAACAGCGACUACACCUAUUCGUGCGACACCGCCUAUGUGGAGAUGUUCGAAAAUUAUGCAUGUUCAGCGCGAUAUUCAUCCCACCGUGUUAAGUUCACUAGAGGGUAUAGUAGACCAAAUGGUUUGGUUCCGUGAAAAUUGGUAUGAAGAAGUAUUGAGACAGUUACGUCAGGGAUUAACAAAAUGCUAUGCGAUUGCUUUUGAAAACCGCUGUUCAGUUAAUGAAGCAACAAUUACACAACAUACUCUGAAUUUCGUAAAAAAGUUGGUGUCUACAUUUGGAAUAGGAAUUGAAAAUAUUUCUAGUUCCGUUUCUUCAAAUUUUUCAUCCGCUGCUUCAGAAUCGUUGGCAAGGCGGGCUCAAGCUACCGUUCAAGAUCCGGUGUUUCAAAAAAUGAAGGGCCAAUUUACCAGUGAUUUUGAUUUUUCACAGCCAGGAGCAACAAAGCUGCACAAUCUGAUAAGCAAACUUAAAAUAUGGAUAAAAAUCCUCGAAAACAAGACGAAACAACUUCCAAAGUCUUUUUUGAUUGAAGAAAAGUGCCGAUUUUUAUCUAAUUUCAGUCAGAAAACGGCGGAAGUGGAACUGCCUGGUGAGCUACUUCUGCCAAAACACUCGCAUUAUCAUAUUAGAAUUGCUCGAUUCAUGCCGAGAGUAGACAUAGUGCAGAAACAUAAUACUGCUGCCCGCCGGUUAUACAUUCGAGGAACAAAUGGGAAGAUCUACCCAUAUUUGGUCGUGAAUGAUACCGGAUUAGGAGAUGCCCGUCGCGAAGAACGAGUUCUUCAGCUUUUAAGGAUGUUGAAUAACUAUUUGGCCAAGCAAAAGGAAACGUCUAAACGUUUUCUUCACAUAACAGUACCAAGGGUGGUGGCUGUUUCACCUCAAAUGCGACUUGUGGAGGAUAAUCCCUCUAGUAUUUCACUUCUAGAUGUAUAUAAAACUGGAUGCUGUAAACUCAACAUAGAACAUGAUGCUCCCAUUGCGCGAUAUUACGAAAGAUUGGCUAAGGUACAAGCAAGGGGCUCACAAACCAGUCAUAAUGUGUUAAGAGAUAUUUUGCGAGAGGUUCAGGUUGCAAUGGUUCCUAGCACAUUACUGAAAGAUUGGGCCUUGCGUAACUUUUAUUCUGCUACAGAUUUCUGGCAAUUCAGAAAAAUGUUUACUCUUCAACUGUCACUUUCAUGUAUGUUAGAAUAUUCACUUUAUCUAACACGGCUCAAUGCGGACAUGAUGUACAUCCAUCAGGAUUCGGGAUUAAUGAAUGUUUCAUAUUUCAAAUUCGACGUAGAUGAUAUAACUGGUUUAUUAGAUGUUAACAGACCGGUUCCUUUCCGUUUAACGCCGAAUAUUGUAGAAUUUUUAUCAAUUAUUGGCGUUGCUGGUCCCUUGACAGGUUCGACGAUCGCAACGGCUCGUUGUUUAGUGCAACCAAAUUUCAAAUUACCGGCAAUAUUAAGAGCUAUUUUAAGAGAUGAAAUUAUUGCAGUGCAAAAGAAACGUAUAUUAGACGAAAAACUGAUAGAUCAGAAUAUGGAUCUUUCACAAGAAAAUUCCGCCGUCGAAAUUGAUGCGGAAACAGUAAUUACAACAGUUAAUAAAGCUGUCAAUAAUAUCGUAAGCCGGUUGAACUGUUUAGCAAGGUUUGACAAUUCAGAGAUUAAUCGUAUGAGUACGCUGGUUCAAAUAGCAAGCAAUCCAGAUAACUUAUGUCGAAUGGACCCCACUUGGCACCCAUGGCUAUAAAAUAUUUGCUAUUUGUGUCAACUGUGUCAUUAUACAAGUAGGCAGGUUCAGUAAAAUAAGAUUAAUAAUUUUGAAUCGCAACAAAGGAACCGAAAAUAAACUAGGU